UAGACAUUCGGUCAUAGAGCGGCGGAGGGGGCGCUGCAAGCGCGUCUCCGACACAAACCAACGCUCAGGGCGGAUCACAAAGCCGGUCUCUGCUGCUCAUCCUGAAGCAGGAGAACCAGGCUGAUGUCCACCCCAGAUCCUCCCAUGGGGGGCACCCCUCGCCCCGGCCCGUCCCCGGGUCCUGGUCCUUCUCCUGGAGCCAUGAUGGGCCCCAGCCCCGGGCCCGGGCCGUCUCCCGGCUCCUCUCACAGCAUGAUGGGCCCCAGCCCCGGUCCCCCCUCCUCCGGACACCCCCAGCCGGGGCCCUCUGGAUACGGCCCGGAAAGCAUGCACCCUCUGCACAAACCUAUGGAGAGCAUGCAUGAAAAAAACCUGCCCGAGGACAGAAGCUUCAGCCAGAUGAAGGGUCUGUCUAUGAGACAGGGCGGCCACAGCGGCAUGGGCCCGCCGCCCAGCCCUCUGGACCAACACUCACAAGGCUACCACUCUCCGUUAGGCGGAUCCGAUCACUCCAGCCCCGUUGCUUCGAACGGACCCCCCUCUGGGCCGCUCAUGGCGCCAUCAUCCUCCUCCUCCUCCGCCGGUCCCGGCUCCGCUUCAGCCCCCUUAGACGGCUCCGGUGGAGAUCAGCACACCCUGGCUGCUAAUAACCGGCCCGGGCCCCCUGCCGGUUCUGGCCCAGGCCCCAGCCCCGGACCCAGUCUCGGCUCCGGCGUCCCCGGCCUCGGUUCGGGACUCGACACCGGCGGCCCCGCUGGUCCUGGAGGUCCCGGAGCCCCUGGAGGCCCGAGUGCUCCGACUCCCUUCAAUCAGAACCAGCUCCACCAGCUCAGAGCGCAGAUCAUGGCGUAUAAGAUGCUGGCCCGCGGGCAGCCGCUGCCGGACCACCUCCAGAUGGCCGUCCAGGGAAAGAGGCCCAUGCCGGGGAUGCAGCAGCAGCAGCCCAUGCCUAGUCUGGUUCCCGGAGCCGGGGGAGGGCCGGGAGGCGGCCCGGCAGGACCGGGACCAGGGCCGAUGGGCUCGGGCUACAGUCGAGCUCACGGGAUGAUGGGUCCCAACAUGCCUCCUCCGGGACCAUCAGGGACUCCGGUUGGGAUGCAAGGACCCAACCCCAACGGACCACCCAAGUCCUGGCCUGAAGGCCCCAUGGUGAACGCAGCAGCGCCCUCCAACGCACCUCAGAAGUUGAUCCCCCCUCAACCGACCGGCCGGCCGUCCCCGGCUCCCCCCUCGGUUCCCCCGGCCGCCUCCCCGGUGAUGCCCCCGCAGACCCAGUCCCCCGGUCAGCCGGCCCAGCCCACCCCCAUGAUGCCGUACCACGCCAAGCAGAACCGCAUCACCCCCAUCCAGAAGCCCUGCGGCCUGGACCCGGUGGAGAUCCUCCAGGAGAGGGAGUACAGGUUACAGGCACGGAUCACUCAUCGCAUCGCUGAACUGGAGAACCUGCCCGGUUCCCUCGCCGGCGACCUACGAACCAAAGCUACCAUCGAGCUGAAAGCACUGCGGCUGCUGAACUUCCAGAGACAGCUGCGCCAGGAGGUGGUGGUGUGCAUGCGACGCGACACGGCCCUGGAGACGGCCCUGGACGCCAAGGCCUACAAGCGGAGCAAGCGGCAGUCGCUGCGGGAGGCUCGCAUCACGGAGAAACUGGAGAAGCAGCAGAAGAUUGAGCAGGAGCGCAAACGCAGACAGAAACAUCAGGAGUACCUCAACAGCAUCCUCCAGCACGCCAAAGACUUCAAGGAGUACCACCGAUCCAUCACGGGCAAAAUCCAGAAGCUGACCAAAGCCGUGGCCACCUACCACGCCAACACCGAGCGCGAGCAGAAGAAGGAGAAUGAACGCAUUGAGAAGGAGAGGAUGAGAAGGCUCAUGGCUGAGGAUGAGGAGGGCUACCGUAAACUGAUCGACCAGAAGAAGGACAAGCGGCUGGCCUACCUGCUGCAGCAGACCGACGAGUACGUGGCCAACCUCACGGAGCUGGUCCGAGCCCACAAGGCGGCGCAGGCCCUCAAGGAGAAGAAAAAGAAGAAGAAGAAGAAAAAGAAGUUGGAGAACGCCGAGGGUCAGGCUCCCGUCUUAGGACCCGACGGAGAGCCUCUGGACGAGACGAGUCAGAUGAGCGACCUGCCGGUGAAGGUCAUCCACGUGGACAGCGGGAACAUCCUCACAGGCGUGGACGCCCCCAAGGCGGGGCAGCUGGAGACCUGGCUGGAGAUGAACCCCGGCUACGAGGUGGCUCCCCGCUCGGACAGUGAAGACAGCGAGGAGGAGGAAGAGGAGGAGGAAGAAGAAGAGGAGCCUCAGCCGUCAUCAGCUCCAGUGGAGGAAAAGAAGAAGAUUGCAGACCCUGACUGUGAGGACGUGUCUGAGGUGGACGUCCGAUGCAUCAUCGAGAACGCCAAACAGGACGUGGACGACGAGUACAGUGGCGCAGCGUUUGCUCGAGGACUGCAGUCUUACUAUUCUGUGGCUCACGCAGUCACGGAGAGGGUGGACAAGCAGUCGACUCUGCUGAUAAACGGGCAGCUUAAGCAGUAUCAGAUUAAAGGUCUGGAGUGGUUGGUUUCUCUGUACAACAACAAUCUGAACGGGAUCCUGGCCGAUGAGAUGGGUUUGGGGAAAACCAUCCAGACCAUCGCCCUCAUCACAUACCUCAUGGAGAACAAGCGGCUCAACGGACCCUACCUCAUCAUCGUACCUCUCUCAACUCUCUCCAACUGGGUGUACGAGUUUGACAAGUGGGCGCCGUCAGUUGUCAAAGUGUCUUACAAGGGGUCUCCUGCUGCUAGAAGAGCCUUCGUCCCGCAGCUUCGCAGCGGCAAGUUUAACGUUUUACUCACCACUUACGAGUACAUCAUCAAGGACAAACAAGUGUUGGCCAAGAUCCGCUGGAAGUACAUGAUAGUGGACGAAGGCCACCGCAUGAAGAACCACCACUGUAAGCUGACCCAGGUCCUGAACACGCACUACCUGGCGCCGCGGCGGGUCCUGCUGACCGGGACUCCGCUCCAGAACAAGCUACCCGAGCUCUGGGCGCUUCUCAACUUCCUGCUGCCCACCAUUUUCAAGAGCUGCAGCACCUUCGAGCAGUGGUUCAACGCCCCCUUCGCCAUGACCGGAGAGAAGGUGGACCUGAACGAAGAGGAGACGAUUUUGAUUAUCCGGCGUCUUCACAAAGUGCUACGCCCCUUCCUGCUUCGGAGAUUAAAGAAAGAGGUGGAGGCGCAGCUUCCAGAAAAGGUGGAGUACGUGAUCAAGUGUGACAUGUCGUCUCUUCAGAGGGUCCUGUACAGACACAUGCAGGCUAAAGGCGUGCUGCUCACCGACGGCUCCGAGAAAGACAAGAAGGGUAAAGGAGGCACAAAGACGCUGAUGAACACCAUCAUGCAGCUGAGGAAGAUCUGCAACCAUCCUUACAUGUUCCAGCAAAUCGAGGAGUCCUUCUCUGAACAUCUAGGAUUCUCCGGCGGUAUAGUCCAGGGUGCCGACCUGUAUCGAGCAUCGGGAAAGUUUGAGGUGUUGGAUCGAAUCCUGCCAAAGCUGCGAGCCACGAACCACAAAGUGCUGCUUUUCUGCCAGAUGACUACGCUCAUGACCAUCAUGGAGGACUACUUCGCUUACAGGAGCUUCAAAUAUCUGCGCCUGGAUGGCACCACGAAGGCCGAGGACAGAGGGAUGCUGCUGAAGACGUUCAACGACCCGGGGUGCGAGUACUUCAUCUUUCUGCUGAGCACGAGAGCCGGAGGCCUCGGCCUCAACCUGCAGUCGGCCGACACCGUCGUCAUUUUUGACUCCGACUGGAACCCGCAUCAGGACCUGCAGGCUCAGGACCGAGCCCACCGCAUCGGCCAGCAAAACGAGGUGAGAGUGUUGCGUCUCUGCACCGUCAACAGCGUGGAGGAGAAAAUCCUGGCAGCGGCCAAAUAUAAACUGAACGUGGACCAGAAGGUCAUCCAGGCUGGCAUGUUUGACCAGAAGUCCUCCAGCCACGAACGCAGAGCCUUCCUGCAGGCCAUCCUGGAGCACGAGGAGCAAGAUGAGGAGGAGGACGAGGUGCCGGACGACGAGACAGUCAACCAGAUGAUCGCCAGGAGUGAAGAGGAGUUUGAGCAGUUUAUGCGCAUGGACCUGGACAGGCGCCGGGAGGAGGCCCGCAACCCCCGGCGGAAACCUCGCCUGAUGGAGGAGGACGAGCUCCCCACCUGGAUCAUGAAGGACGACGCCGAGGUGGAGCGGCUGACCUGCGAGGAGGAGGAGGAGAAGAUGUUUGGACGAGGUUCGCGGCAGCGGAAAGAGGUGGACUACAGCGAUUCGCUGACCGAGAAGCAGUGGCUCAAGGUUGUUUUUAAAAAAAGGCCCACGAAAAAGAUCCCAGAAUAUAAACUGCUUGUAAAACAACGCUUCGCAGAGUCGGGAGAUAGUCCCUCGUUCUGGGGUUUGGACGCGUGCGUUUCCAUCUCACGCCUUGUCCGGUCUCCCCUCCCGCAGGCCAUCGAGGAAGGCACGCUGGAGGAGAUGGAGGAGGAGGUCCGGCACAAGAAGACGACGCGUAAGAGGAAGCGGGAUCGGGACCUGGACCUGCCGGGCCCCUCCUCGUCCUGCGGGAGCCGCGGGCGGGGAGACAAGGACGACGACGGGAAGCGGCAGAGGAAGCGGGGACGACCGCCGGCCGAGAAGCUCUCCCCGAACCCGCCGCCCCUCACCAAGAAGAUGAAGAAGAUAGUGGACGCCGUCAUCAAGUACAAAGACAGUGCCAGCGGCCGCCAGCUGAGUGAGGUCUUCAUCCAGCUUCCGUCUCGGAAAGAGCUGCCGGAGUACUACGAGCUGAUCCGCAAGCCGGUGGACUUCAGGAAGAUCAAGGAGAGGAUCCGGAGCCAUCGCUACCGCAGCCUGGGGGAUCUGGAGAGAGACGUCAUGCUGCUCUUCCAGAACGCCCAGACCUUCAACCUGGAGGGUUCGCUGAUAUAUGAAGACUCCAUCGUGCUCCAGUCGGUGUUCACCAGUUUGAGGCAGAAGAUUGAAAAAGAGGAGGAAAGUGAGGGAGAGGAGAGUGAAGAAGAAGAGGAGGAGCAAGAGGAAGGAUCAGAGUCUGAAACGCGCUCGGUCAAAGUGAAGAUCCGUCUGAGCAGGAAAGAUAAAGCCGGAGACCGAGGGAAGGGCCGGAGCAGACGGACGGGACGCACCAGAGCCAAACCCGUGGUCAGCGACGACGACUCGGAGGACGAGCCAGAAGAGGAGCGCUCACCGAGUGGCACUGAUGAGGAGUCGUAGGCCGUGCGGUUCUGUUCGAGAGAAGAAGGGAUGAAACGGAUGCUUCCACGAUGUCUCGCAGCACAUACUCAGUACCAGAACGAGCCUCCAUCACCCCCAUCCACCCUCAGUCAAGGUUGUAGGGAGAUGCGUCUGUACGGGCGUCAGUGUUUCCCAGAAAGCUGAAAGGACAAAAAAAAAAAAACCUCCGAUUUUACUUUAUUCCUCGAAACUAAACCCAGGAAUGAUGGAAACAGGGUUUAACAGGUGGGCUGAAGGUAAGGAAGUCCCUGCAGGUGCAGAAAUAUCCUCUGAAAAUACUUCUAGUCGUUCCCUGGAGGAGCCGCUCGGUCCGCCUUAUGACGUGGCCCCAAAUGUAUCCAAGAUUUAUCCAAGGGUUCGGGUUCAGGCUGGAAGUUCACAUCCAAAAACUCAGAUUAUACCGUGUAUUAAUUUAUUUGUGAUAUUGUCUAUAUUUAUCUUUAUUAUUGCUUUCUUUUAAAUGCUUUACCUGCUUACCUUUGUAAAAGUAGUGACUUUAAAGAAAAGCAUUGUACUUUAGGACAAGGCUUUAAUACAAGAGUUUAUUGUGAUAUGGAGCCAGUAAAUUUGCUGCUGAAAUUAGCGACUUAGACGUGAAGAAAGAAGAUAUCGAACGAUUAUUAUAUCCAGAUUACAAUGAUGAUGAAAGUUUGUGUCGGCGAUGUAAUGAUGUUCGGCCUUUUGAGAUGUUUCACGUCCAGGAAAUGUUGCAACUUGCUGAGAUUUUGUAGAGAAGAUCAUUUUUAGCAUUGCUUCUGUCCGUUUAAGUCGUCAUUCUUCACUUACUGGGACUCUCCUGCUAAAGUUCACAUCCCCUUGUGAUUUUAAUUUUUAAAAGUUCCCUUUUUAGCAUUUAUAAACGGUAUGCAAACAUUUACUGAGUUACCUAUAAAAGCGUAUACCAUGCUCUUGUGCAGCCAGUGUUUGAUGAGGCUUGAAUAGUUCCUCUUCUAGUUCCUCUAGAGUUUUAUCAGCAGUUGUGGUUUUCCAGUAAGAUGUUUUUGUUAUUACGGCAGUACUUUACUGUCCUGCCAUCCGUGGCAACAGUGCACACUUUUCCACGAAUGAAAAAAAGAUGCAGUAAAUCAAAGAUACGCAGGUAAAUACAGCUGAGUUAUUGUCUGUUAUAAACCGAGCUUAUAAAUUACAGAGGGGGAGUUUUAAUGUAGAAUAUAACCCUUAAAACAGACGCUGUAUGCGUAAAAGUCGAGUAGAGCGUCGAUAAACUUUUCAAACCUUUAAUCAACUGUGGAAACAAUGACUCAGGUUUUUGAAAUGCUGGGGGACAACAUAAUAAAAAAACGAUAUCAAGGUCUACCUGGAAGACAUAAGGCCUGGCAUGAGACUUCGGUGAAAGUCAAGUGAAGGAAAACAUAAGUGAGAGCUUAACCGAGCUGCGUUUGCAGCUUCCACCAACUUAACGGUUUUAACGCCGUUAAAACCGACCGUCUUGCUGCUUUUACCUGUUCCACCUCCACUCCCAAGCACCUAUAACUGUCGAUUGUAAUUCAUUAUCGAGCAUUGUAGCUUCAAUUCCUCUUCCUUACGAUGUCGUGUGGUGAUUUUAGGAUUUCAGAACCGUUUCUUCUACUUCUGCACUUUUUAUGUUUUUGGGUUUUCUUGCUUUUAAGACAAAGGACCAGAGGGACGGCGGCUCCUCUCUGCUUGCGACUGCCUAGUGGCCGUGUGGUGUUGGAUAUACUGUGAGGUGUAUUUAUAGAGUAUCAUGUCAAUGCACGUGUGUACAGCUUGUAAGUUGAGUACCGCUCUUCUCUUACUAUUCUCUUAUAUUCUCGGUCACUUGAGUGAACCAAAGCGUCAGUGUUUGCACCACUGAAUUAAUGCGGUCUGUUUUUGCUGUGUUGUAUUAUUGUCGCUUGAUGAAAUGAUUGUUGACGUUGUGUGAUUGUUGCACUCAGUUGACAUAAAGUUAACCACAAAGUACUUUUUGCUAACUUUUUUAAAAAGUUUGAGGCACCUUAGAAGUCAAACUUUGCAGAGUUUGGUUUGGGACCUUGAAUCGGAUCAAACUAACAUCCUCGAGGCAUAAAGGUUGUCGCUAUUGAUCAUACGUGAAAAUAAUAGUCACAAACCGAUUAAAUUGGGUACAUUGAUCAUUAAAUAUAACUAUGAGGCAAAAAAAGCUCCAGAACUAACAAACUGCUGUUAACGAGCUAAAAAAAAAACCCAAUUACCUGUAGUUACUCAAUCUCACCACAGGGAGGAGCUCUUCUGUGAGGACUACUCCGUCAUCAACCAUAAAGAUUCUUUUACAGUCUGUUUUCUUUGCAUUUCUUGUCUUUCUUCUUCUUCUUUUUCUUUUUUAACGCAUCAAAACAUGAGAUUAUAAAUAAUAUGCCUCCUUCUGAAUGUUUAGUACUGGACUGGUCCCCUGGACACAGGUCUUUGUGAGGUCAUGUUAAUAAACACAAAGACAGUUAAGGUCUUGA